UAGCAAUCAUGGCAGCUCGUAGUGCCGCCUCGGCAGUCGACUGGACGAAAAUCUACACUUCUCUCGGGUUGGGUAAAGAGACCCUUGCUUCCGUCCAAGCCUUCCGCGCACGUCAUUCUUUAGCUUCCAACCGAAAUGCCACUUUGAAAAACACCAUCCCUCAAGUGGACGUUGCGCAUUACAAAAGUGUGUUGAGGAAUCAACAGGCUGUUCAAUUGGCGGAGAAAGUGUUGAAAGAGUACAAAGCGGUGGACUAUGAUGUUACAAAAUGGAAUGGUGUCGUUGAUGCUUUCGAGGGCAAGGCCGUCGAAGCUGCCAAGCAGACUGUCCAGAAAAUUACCGCUGAAGAGUCAUCCUUGAAAGCGACUCUAUCCAACAUUCAAGACGCCAGACCAUUCGAAGAUCUAACUGUUGACGAAGUGGCCAAAGCCCGUCCAGAAAUCUCCAAAGCCGUGGAGACCAUGGUCAAAAAAGGCAAGUGGACCGUACCGGGCUACAGGGAGAAGUUUGGCGAGUUCUCUCUUCUCUAGACGUCAUAUGCAUGAACAUAGGCC